UUCGGCAACAGUCGUGCAGUGGCUCUCGCACCGAGUGGAUCGCGGCUCGUGCCUUUCGUCACAAAAUCCGCUGGUGGAAUGACGGAGUCUGUGUCGGCAUCGUGCCCGUCAGGGAACGUCGAAGACGCCCUUUAACUGGACUAUCAUCGUCCUACCGUCGCGUCGACGACGUGGUGAACCUGUUCCGGGAUAUCAUUGAUAGAAAGCUUCCGGGAUAUCACGAGAGAAAGGGAGAGAAAAGGAGGAAGAAAAAAUGCAGAGAGGACAAACCACCCUCUCUCGCACGUGACCUCGUCUGGAAAAGAGCGCCCCGGCGUGGCCAUAACGUGGUGUGAAUAUACAGUGGGUGUGCUGAUUCCGUCGUACUUGUCGCGCUUCAUCAGGUUGCAUCAUCAUCGUUGUCGUUCUCCUCCGUCGGAGAAACUCCGACGGACGUGCGCGAUCGACCUGGAGCACUGGCAUUUCCAGUACGUGACAGCAGUGGCUGCAUAGCAACGGCGAACGAGCGAAGCCGCGGCCGUCUUCUUCGGUGCAUCAACAGGUGGGGACCCGCGUAGCUACAGGUGUAUCCCGGAUGGCGGGGACGUCGGUUACACGAUGACGGAGCUGCAACCGUCGCCGCCAGGAUAUCGCGUUCAGGAUGAGGCCCCAGGCCCACCUUCCUGUCCCCCGGGGUCCUACAAGUACGCGAGCCACGGCCACGGGAGCGAGACUGCCAAUUUCAAGAGUGCCACGUCAUAUUCUCAGGAAGGCUAUGGCCUUAAGCAGAGCCCGCCUCGACCGGUGGCUACUAACGAAUACUACCGUCGCAGAAACGACGGACGCAGGUCCGGCGCGGAGAACGAUCACGAGGGUGGCAACGGCGGCAAGAAGGCUGCAGCCGCGGUUGCCGGUUACAACGACAGUCACAAGAAGAAUACUCCGGGCUAUAAGAACGACAGCGGGUACAGCGAGAGCCUCGGAUUCGACAGCUUCACGCUGCCUCUUAACGAGAGAGACGAAGCCUCGCCACCGCCAACGCCGCCAGUCAGGGAUGCCUCCAGUCUCAAGGGCGUGUGUUACGGCCCGGGACACGAGAAGUAUCCGUCGUGGCCGAGUGCGCCCGAACGACACCCCGAGGAGGAUAUUCACAGCUCGGGACACAGCGGCUCGCACCGCUCCAAGUCCUGGACCGACCACACCAACUAUCCGAAGGAGAAGCCUGCCCAGUACACCAGACCACACACGAAGAGGCCCAAUCCUGCGUUCACGCAGCAGUUGAAGACGGUAAUGGAGCGUUGCGAGAAGAUCCCGGCUGAGACUUACGAGUCACGCAACCGAAGUAACGUCGAGGAAGAGCCGAGGCUGUGGCCGCGCGUAGAUCGCGAAGGCAAGGCUCUAGGGGACGCGGAGUAUGUGGUCCCGUCGCCGCCUGAACGGGAACAGCAAUCUCAGACUUUGAGUCACGCUGACCUGGAGGCUUACGUAAGGAGCUACCAGGACCCUCAGGUGUCUCAGGUGGACCUCUAUCGCGAGACAACGCUAACGCAAGCAGGUCUGGAGGAGUACACGAGGGUGCAGCACUCUCAACAGGCCAGCUACGCGCAGUCUGAAGGAUACCACAGUUACGUGUCCAGCGUGGACUCCACGACGAACACGCCGUUUCUCGACAGAUUGAGAAGAGACAGUGAAGCGGUGGCGCAAAGGCCCGUCGCCUCUUGGGAAGACACCUCCCGAGAGGGAAGAGACAGCGUGGUGACUACGUCCAGCGGCAGCGCGUCCAGUAGUGAGACCUUAAAAUGGCACGGCUCAAUGUCGGAUGUCAGCGUGUCGAGCGGCAUGCCGCCUCGCCAAGGUGCCUCGGAUCGAUGGCAUCACGGCUCCAUGUCGGAUGUCAGCAGCGUGAAUGGCGGGAUCAUCACUCAGAAGACUAGUAACGGCUGCCACGAGAAGUGGCAGAGCUCCAUGAGCGACGUCAGUACGUCCGGGAUGGGCCUGACGACGAAGAGUAGACACAGCGAGAAAUGGCCGGACAAGUGGCAAGUAGCCUCAAUGAACGAUCGGAACAAGCAGGUGCAGAGCAGACCUAGUUUGCCGGCGGUAAUCGGCCAUUGUGCUACGUCCGCGUCGAUAAGUGAUAUCUGUCACACGUCGACCGUACGGGAGAGCAAGUGGCAGGAAUCCAAUAUCGACGAUGAGUCGUCGUUGAAUGAUAGGCCGCAAGCGAACCAGUGGGACAAUUCGUCCAGAAUCGAGAACGACAAGUACGCCCAACCUAUGCCGCAGAGCCCCACGCGCCAACAAGUGGGAUCCUCAAGCCCGCACAGCCCCGAGAACUGGAAUCCCAUUCAUGGCUCGAUGUCCGACGUGAGUCAAAGCAGUGGGGUUCAAUGCAGCAAGCAGCUAAUCGCUCACAGCGCGAGAGUGCAGACACCUCAGAGACACCAUUCGGAAAGUGUGCUUUAUCUGGAUCGCGAGCGCAGUCAACGGAAACAUUAUCCCGUCGGUGUGACGCAGCAGGAAUUCACGCAAUCUUCGAGAAUGACGCUAAACUCGCCGCAGCAACCACAGCUCUCAGUAGCCGAGCGCAUCAGCGAACUGGAGAAGCAACAACAACAACAACAAAUGCGUUACACCUAUCUAGAUCCGGAGAAACGUCACAGAGUGUCCGAUCCCACUCUGAAAGCGAUUCAGAAGAAAGCGUUAUGGUCUUAUUACGAAAGACACCAUCAGGCGUCGUGGCGAUCGGAACCCCAAUUGGCCCAAGGCCCAGCGCCGACACCACAAAGUCCACCGCCGCAACCACCACCUCGACCAAGACCACCCUCUUCCAGAAGAGCGAGUUCCGCGUCGGAUUACGCCAGCGGCACGUGGCGGGAAAACGCUGGCAGAUCUCAGAACCAAGGAAACGGCGACCUGCCGAGUCCCAAACAUCAACACAGCAACAGUUGCGGUAGUCUCUCCACGGAUCUAUUGGGUCCUGUGAUAGUCGGACCGGCAAUCUCGAUAGAUGAUUGGGUACCCGAGAGACCACCGAAAAAACCACACCUAAAGAAUGCCUACAACGAACGCAUGCCCAGCCCUGACUUGCCACCGCCGUCGCCGCCAACGGUCACGGAGAACGAGGUCCACGAUUGCGACGAUCCGUUGCCACCUCCGCCGCCCGAACUCAGCGACGAUUGCUUCGCGGAGACUUCGCGCAAGUCCAACGGCAAUAGCAAUAACAGCAACAACAGCAUUCACCACCAGACGGAAGAAACAACAAAGAUCAGUCGUGAAAGGUCAUGCGAACGGCACAAAUCGGAAAGACAUUCCAUGAAGAGAUCGAAACACAGCGGUAAGAGGGAUCACGAUAAGCCCACGGGCAAAUCCUCGCCGAAUUCGACGAAAGCGUGCACGCAAGAACAAGAGCAACAGCAAUUCGUGAGAUCGUCCACGGCGUUGAAGCACGUGGACUCCGAGAUGGUGUUGGAAAACGGCGUAUCGGCUGGGUUCGCUACACACAGGAUGGUAGCCACGGGACGAUCCAGUCUCAGGUACCCCUCCACUCAGAAACUCAUGGUGAACGGCAGGAUAGCGCCGACCAGAAGAAUAUCCGAGGAGAGAUCCUUUCCAUCGAGGCCGCCGGCGCAAUUGCCCGAUCUUAUAUCGCAGAGGUACAGCGAUUCCGGCAACCAGAGACCCGCACCGCAAGUGCCGGUGGAGCCGAGGAUCAUUCGACAGGAAUCGAUGCGAGUCGACAGUACGCGCGUCGACGCGUCCGGUUUGUUAAGAAACGACUCCAGUCAGAGAUUAGAAUCCUCCUCGGGCCAGAGACCUCAGCCUCAAGUGCCUAAGAACACGGACAAGAAUGGCAAUGCGAAUGCAGCGUCGAGACCGAAUUAUCUGCCGGUGACGGAGACAACGAAGAGCCCGUCCAAGUACUUGAAGAGCGGAAAUCACAGUUUCUCCAUAGGCAGCCCCGUGAAAACGGGAUACGAGGCCAGCUCGAAACUAUUCCCCGCGGACUCGAGUCCGCAGAAGUACCAUGAGCCACCGAAAUACGUUCCUAAUCAUCAUCAACGUCCCAACGACGCGACACAGAGGAAUUAUUACGCCCUGCCGCCGAAGUACGUUGAUGUGCCGAAGCAGAAGCCUCAGCCUCAAUGCCCGACGGAGAGGUACAGCAGCUCCGGAUCCCCCAGCUCCCCGCCGCCGCCUUUGGCGCCGCGACAGAACACACCCGGCAGAAAGUCACUCCCGCCUCCACCGAGACCCGCUCCGUUACACGCUCAUCAAGGAAGCCAAUCUAAGGCUUCCUACUUGGCUUACAGACGUGAGCGCGGUGCUCCUGACAGCGAGGGUAGUUACAAGAGAACAAUGUCGCCGACUUCUCGACUGGACGAUUGGCCAUCCCCUAGAGAUCACGACGAUCCUGUGCUUCUGCGUGUCACGCCACAUCAUGCGUUGCAACAGCAGCAGCAGCAACAGCACCAUCAUCAUCACAACAAUCAUCACCAACAACAGCACUCCGAUCUUUCCAAAUCGCACAGCGUGGACGCUCUUCAUCAUCGAUUGGAUGAGAGGUCUUCCCAGCAGCAACAGCAACAACAGCCGCAACAACAGCAACAUUCUACGGAGGUGAAUAAGCUCUCGCACGAGCUCAGUAAAAAGCUCCAGGCUAGCGACGCGAGGUCUCGCGCCAACAGCGAAAACAACAACAACGACAACCUCGAGGACCGCCAUCAGCAUCAUCAUCAUCAUCAUCAUUAUCCGGAGAAGAGGCAUCCGGAGAAAAGACACGAGUACGAACAGCGCAGGGAGCGACUAUCGCCGCAGAGCGUGGAGGUCCUCAACGACAGGAACAGGCAGCUGGAGCGAGAACGUCGGAAAUUGGCAGCGAGCUGCGAGCCCCUACCUCAAAAUAGAGAGAAGCAGCUACGAGAAAUUGGCGGCGCGCUGCCAAUCACCGGCGACGACUUUAUCCGCGAGAGGAGCGCCACGAUCGAGAUGACUUCGCAGAACCUCGAGUUGCUGAAUCGCCGUAACGAGAAGAGAAUGAGCGGCGCGAUGACGUCGAGCGACGCGAUAUCCACGUACUCAUUGAGCACCACGACGACGUCGAUCGCCACGACGAUGAUGACGACUUACGACAACGGUUGGUCGCGGGCCGGGCACGAGACGCAGAACUCAAUAGAAACAACGAUCUUUCCCGACAGACCACCGCCUCCGACGAGCUCGCCGCCACGGUCGCCGGAUAACGUCGGGGGCGCGAGCCCGCGAGGAGCUAUUCCAAGACGGUCGGGAAGCUGCUCGAGCUCCUCUUCCUCGGGAAGAUCUAUCGACGCCCGCAUAUCGCCGCGGACCUUGUUGUCCAGAUCGUCGCUGAAGAACUCCCUGGACUCUCUCGUGCGGAACGAGACGCGAAUCGAGUGCGUUCCCAGCAACAGGAAAGUCUCCAGUCCAACUCAGACAGACAACACGGGUUCAUGGAAUAGAUCUAACUCACCGAGCCGGGUGACGAUGAGUCAGGCGGGCUCCGAGGCGGAAGUGCAAGCGGAAAGGCCCUCACCGUCCUCCAAGUUCCGCUCUGCCGGCAGAUCACCUGCCUCCUCGAUCUCGAGCGUCUCCAAAGCCUCCUCCUCGUCCUCCCCGCGAAAUUCACCGGUGGACGAGGACAAGCUGUCGCCGAUGUCAUCGCUCUGCGUGUCACCUCAACCCGGCAUCGAGGGGCUGACGUUGGUACAACGCACCGAGGUCGUGUUACGGGUUAACGCGGCCACCAGCGACGCCGCCUCGCAGACCGACACCUUGGAGGACACCUUGGAACAAGACUGCGCAGGCAAAGUGGCGCGACCGUUUUCAGAGUCCAGGAAGAAAUUACCGGAGGAGAUCGAGUGCGAGGAGCUCAGCAGAGACCUGGCCAGUCAACUCAGCCCCAACGACAAGCUGGUGCCUAUACUCGUUCCAGCGCCGGAGCACAAGAAACCCACCGACUACGUUUCCGGUCUGUUCAGGGUGGAGGCGACCUUGCAGCCACGACCGAGGCGGCGGCUCUCCCUGGAGGAGUCAACGGCCUCCUGCGGCGAGGACGCGGAUCCGGACGAUAAAAAGCACGAAACGAUACCUUCAGCUCCCGUCACGCCACUGUCGGCUGAUCCUACCAGCCCCCUGUCCCCCACUUCGGCUUAUUUCACGACGUCCGAGGGAAAGGCCAGGUUCCUCACAAGAUACUCGCGGGACGUCACGGUGGAGGGAUUAACACGUCAGGAGGAUGCGCCGGCGGUUGUACCGACGAACAGCCUUGACCUUAGGCAAAAAAAGGAGGAACUGAUGAUGCGGCUCGACAGGAAGCUGGUGGUGCUCAGGGCCGAGCAGGAGGCUGUCAGGGAAGAAGGUGAGGUAAAUGAGGCUCUGGGUGCACGAGUCUCCGCGCGCGUUUCCGCAGUGGCUCGUCCGCCGGAAGCGUCAAAGUAUCGACUUCACGUAGAGGAAGUCGGCAAGAUUACGAGUCUCCUCCUCGGCCUGAGCGGCAGGUUGGCUCGCGCUGAGAACGCUCUUUAUGGAAUGCCGGCCGACCACGCGGAGAGAAAAAUCUUGGAGAGCAAACGGGACAAGCUAAUGGAUCAGCUAGAAGAAGCAAAGAUUCUAAAGAGUAACAUCGACAAGCGCAGCGUAAACGUGUCGGCGAUCUUGGCGAAGUACCUGAAUCAGGAGGAGUUUGCUGAUUACCAACAUUUUAUCAACAUGAAGGCGAAACUGAUAAUGGACGGUCGUGAGAUACAGGACAAGGUGAAACUGGGCGAGGAGCAAUUAGCCGCGUUGAAAGAGGCAAUCGACUAGUCGUAACGAUGGACUUACAUGCUAAGUUAUUAUGAAAUCGAUUCGUGUAUAACCGUGCAUUUCCAAGCGUGAACAAUGAAAAAAUCUCGCAUAACGAGUCCAACUCGGCUCGAAAGCGUAGGUUAAUAGGGAUGAAAAAUUACGGGGACACACAAAAGUACACAUUGUUCAAGCCUGGUCCAGCAUUGAAAAUCUCGGAUUUCUGAGCAGCUGCAAAUGGCAGAUAUCGCAUUACAACAAAGUAUUAUGAACGUAUGCUUACAUUUUUUUUUUAUACAUAUCUGUUGGGUUCUAGACAACUGUAUUUUCGAAGAAUUUUUUAAUUUACUUUCUAUUGCACGAAAAUUACAUUUAAUUGAAAAAAAUUACAUUUUUAAGAUCUAAUUCGUUAGAAUUUACUUAAGAUAUAUUCCCUUUAAAAAAAUUUAUUUAUAAUAUAUAAAUUUUCGUAUUUUCGUAAACAAAAUUUUAAAAAUCGUUACUUGCAACAGUUAAUUCUAUUUUUAAGAAGCUAUUUUUAAAUCAUUGCAUAAAUAUUAAAUAAUUUGUUGCACGUAGAAGGUGACAAAACUCUCAUCGCUAUAGCAUAAAAUCAUUCGCAGGUUGAACCCAAUGUCCUCACGAGCUAAGUGUGAUCCCGAAGCCUUAAGUGCCUAGUCUUUGUUAAGCUUACGUCGAUUUUGUCGUGUUCUCCCCAGUGAUCCAUCAAGGUCGCAAUAUAUCGCCGAUAUAUCGUAUGGCGUAAGGAAUGAGAAUAUCACGAGGCACUACGAUAUCAGACGAGUAGAGAUCAAGAAUGUACCCGUUAUCCGCUCCCGGAUUUUGUUCUGAAAAGAAACCGAAAUUACACGUUUUGUCGUCUCACAGAGAUGUGUCUGUAAAUACAAAUUACCAAGUACGAUACGUAGUCUUUAGAAAGUUUUGACAAGGCGGAACGUGCGCGUAACUAAAAGACGAGGACGAUGAAUUGUUAUUCAGAUUUCAUGAUGUUGCGUAAGGAGCAAUACGGCUCUCAUGUAUUUGUAUAUAUCUGUACUAUUCUUCGUAUGCCGACCAGCGUUUUUACUUUUCAAGUAAAACGAUGCUCGGCAACUCGUCGAACGAUAGUGAAGAUAUAUACCGGCAAAGUCAAAAUUGUAAUAUAUUCAUUAGCGAAGAAAAAUGCAUACCUUGUCUAUUUCGAAAAUCUAUAUCUUUGCGCGCGAUUCCUAUCCAGAAACGUACCCGAUAACAUCGUACAGUGUAACUCUGAUGCAAUGUCCGUCCACAAUCGUACACGAUUACGGACUCACUCGGAGGAGAUGCGCGGUCUAAUUAACAAUUGCAAGUUACGAGUUCGAAGAGCUCCACGCGAAGAAAACGCGGAACGAUGUCGCCGAGAGCUCGAAGAUGCGCAUUGCACUACUACUGGUUCGCAUAAUAAUUUGUUGUUCGCGGCGCACGAAUCACCGGAUUCUCAGUCUAGAAUUACUACGUGGUGCCUUCUUACAUACGACAUGUGAUAUGAGAGUAAGGGGAAUUCACGUUCUCUGCGCGCGGCGCCUAAAUAACCGAGCGUUGUGGGCAACCGUUGAAGUAACGCGUUGUAUAUGUAUAUAAUAAUAAGUAGGUUAAGCGCAUACUACACUCACUCACACUCCUCUUCCAACACGCAUCCAUGCAUACUUACAUACUCACUCACAUACGUACACACAUAUACAUAUAUACACAAAGGGCCGAUUGUUCCAACCUCUUGGUAAGCUACCUGACACUUAAAUCAUAUGUCUGUCUUCGUUUUUUCUUUAAAUUGGACAAAGAUAGACAUAUGAUUUAACUGUUGGAUAGCUUACCACCAAGAGGUUGGAACGAUCGGCGCAUACACACGCAUACGCGCACACGUGUACAACGAAGUACUAUUUUUACGUAUUAUUCUAACCCCCGGGGGUCCUCGUGGGCCUCUAUGACGCUUGUGAUCUUAUUUACUCUGUACGAGCCCACCAAGGACUCUCGAAAGUACCGCGAGAUCGCGCGCGCGUCGUAUUCGAGCCUCCAUGGUGGCCCAGCGAGAAAUUUUAUGCCACGGUCAUUUCGACACUAAUUCUCAUAUUUCGUCCCAAUGUUUCGCCGUCCCAUUUCUACGUUCCCGUUUGUAACCUCAUGCGUCUUCUCUGAUAUCGACUGCUCCCUCCCCGCUCGUCGCUACUCUACCGAGGGCGGAGAAGAGACUAACAAGCGAAAUUGUUCAUAAAGAGAAAGAGAGAGAGGUGAUCCUCCGAAUCUUUGGGCUCGGUAAUGAAACACUUAUCGUGGAUCUAAGGAUCUCGAGACGGAAUCCAUCCCAACCGCGCUUUCACGUGAGAGGACCGCGACUCGAAGAACAUCCGAUUUCGUUCAUCGGUCUCGUGCGCGUUAUAGAAAAGAAAAAAAUAUUAACGAAUUUUCCCUACAUUAUAUGGCUAUGCGUCCACAUAGCAAGCGCGCUUUGAUCUCAAACGGUGUAAUUCGGGUCGCGAAUAACAAAAACGUGAGAAAGAGAAAUAGCGUGUUACAAGCCGGGACUAGAUUGCUACGAUGAAAAAGUAUCGCGUAUGUGAAAGACUGAGUACAGGGCAUAAAAUUUUGCGGCAUAAUAGUCAGUUUCUGUUCCUCGUUUGUUUCUCGAUGUCUGCGAAUCGGCUGCGGCGGGUAGUGUAUUAAUCUUGCCGUUCAACCGGAAGUAGCAGCAGCAGCAGCCACUGUGUUGUAAUGCGUUUACGAGCAGCGCUGUAUCGUGCGGCGGCGGUGUCGAGUGCGAUGCAAAAUCGUAUCUUCGUUGCCGCCUCGCCCGUUCGCCGCGGGUAAGACGCAGCUGUUGUACAUAACAAAUUAAUCGAAACAUGGUGCUCUGGAUAUCUAUUUUUUACGAGAAGAAACGUUCCAUUAAUUCGUAAGCUAUCAUUACACCUAAGGACAUUUAAUAUUUAACUUUCUCGCUGUGUACAUAAAUACCACGUAUAUAAGUUUUACGUGAUGCGAUGACAACAUAAUAAUUACGCAUACAAUUUCGCGCGUCACCUAUAAAAGCAACGACAAUAGGUCGUUGUUAGUCUGAUAAUAUUAUCCCAUGCAAAUGUACUACAAGAUCAUUACGAUAAUUACAUUUCUCAAACUCGCUUGCAAUAAAUAACACAUUGGAAUUUCAA